CACAGAGCAUUAUCAUGGCGUGUCAUGUGAUGGCUGUUUAUCUUUUGGUAGCAAUCGUUGGUGUCUUUGUCAGCUCAACGGCGGCUUAUACAGCACCCGAACAUAGUUCCUGUCCAUUGCUUUACGAAAAUUGUCCGAGAGGUUGUGUCCCUUCGAACAGCCUAUUUGACCCCGCCAUCGGAAAGUUUCAGUUAUCCUGUAGGGACUCUCCCAUGCCAGAGGGAGAUUGUGUACUGUUGGAUGAUGAUAAAAGAUCAAAAUCAUUCAGAUGCCCUUCCAACCAUGCUCUAGUGGGCAGAGAGAAUCAACGACCAGUAUGUUGUAAACUAAAAGGCGUUUGGAUGAUAGAUUGCUUCAUACCGAAGAUUUUGUAUUCGUUCAAAAUUGGGUUCGAAUUUGAAAUCAAAGAAGGCUACGCAUUGGUUGGCAAAUACAGUUACGGAUCGUGCAGAGCAGAUCCAACCGUGUUCCAGAUCGAGAUUUGCAAAUUAACACAAAGAAUGACCUAUAACUCUUACCAUCUAAUUUAGGUAAACAUUCAUCAACACAUCUAUGGCGAAUUACAUUGGUACCUGUGUGGCAUUGAUCAACUGUGUAUGUGUGGGCUAUUACAUUGUUGCAUAUACUCGCAUGGUGUUGAUCCAUAUAGCCCUUAACUUUCAAAGCUGGUUAGUCACUAUCGUGAUGGAAUGUUACUGUGUAAGAUCAUGUCCUAUCGGGUAACGUACAAUAAAUGUGAUUUUGCAAUAACA